GCGGGUACAAGCAAACUGCUCACACACACCACAGGCAGUGAGCGGACGGUGCCACCCCUGCCACAGCCCGGUACUCAUCGGAGUGCACCAAGAACACGGCUACACUCACCAAGGGAAACUUCCAAAGCUAAGGAUUGGCUGUGCACACAAGUCUGGCUACGCCUCCCUCCAAAAGGAAAGGGAAGAGACCCAUGCAGAGGGGCCAACUCACACUCAUGAUGCGGCAGUGACUUAGCUUUGGAUGCCGUUAUCGCUGCUGGUUAGUACAUCUCUACCCCCAUGCACACUCUGCACUGAUCGCCCGCCCGACGUGAGGUCACAACACUGAUCCACAGGGAGGACCAGAGCUUGACUCGGGAGGCAUUUUAUGCAAAGAUCAGCACUGCUAUUCACAACUCCCAGGCUCACGUGUGAUUAGCGCCCUCCAAAACUUGCAUCUCCCUCCGGGCUACGGCACUGAUCCCCGCGUGUAGCAAUAGAAGGGGCAAAGCAUUGGAUCCCUCAACGUACUGCGAACCCCCGGUGUACAGCCCGGACCUGUGCCCCAACAUGAUCGCCGCCCAGGCCAAGCUGGUCUACCAGCUGAACAAAUACUACACGGAGCGGUGCCAGGCCAGGAAGGCUGCCAUAGCCAAGACCAUCCGGGAGGUGUGCAAGGUGGUGUCCGACGUCCUGAAGGAGGUGGAGGUGCAGGAGCCCCGCUUCAUCAGCUCCCUCACCGAGAUAGACGCCAGGUACGAGGGGCUUGAGGUGGUAUCCCCUACAGAGUUCGAGGUGGUCCUCUACCUUAAUCAGAUGGGGGUGUUCAACUUCGUGGAUGACGGCUCCCUGCCGGGCUGCGCGGUGCUCAAGCUCAGUGAUGGCAGGAAGAGGAGCAUGUCCCUCUGGGUGGAGUUCAUCACGGCCUCCGGUUACCUCUCCGCCCGCAAGAUCCGCUCCCGUUUCCAGACGUUGGUGGCCCAGGCCGUGGACAAGUGCAGCUACCGGGACGUGGUGAAGAUGAUCGCCGACACCAGCGAGGUGAGGCUUCGCAUCCGGGAGCGCUACGUGGUGCAGAUCACCCCCGCCUUCAAGUGCACCGGCAUCUGGCCCCGCAGCGCGGCUCAGUGGCCCCUGCCCCACAUCCCAUGGCCGGGGCCCAACAGGGUAGCAGAGGUGAAGGCCGAGGGUUUCAACUUGCUGUCCAAAGAGUGCUACUCCCUGACCGGCAAGCAGAGCUCCGCGGAGAGCGAUGCCUGGGUGCUGCAGUUCGCCGAGGCCGAGAACCGCUUGCUGCUGGGGGGCUGCAGGAAUAAGUGCUUAUCCCUCCUGAAGACCCUGAGGGACAGACACCUGGAGCUGCCGGGGCAGCCCCUGAACAACUAUCACAUGAAGACCCUGCUGCUCUACGAGUGCGAGAAGCACCCCAGAGAGACCGACUGGGACGAAGCCUGUUUGGGGGACCGACUGAACGGCAUCCUCCUGCAGCUCAUCUCCUGCCUGCAAUGCCGCAGGUGCCCGCACUACUUCCUCCCCAACCUGGACCUCUUCCAGGGCAAGCCCCAUUCGGCGCUAGAGAGCGCAGCCAAGCAGACCUGGAGGCUGGCACGGGAGAUCCUCACCAACCCCAAGAGCCUGGACAAGUUAUGAGAACUAGGGGUACAUUCUGGACAAAAGGGACAUAUAGGACACGGCUUGGGAGAGACGAUGGGCAGGAGAAGCCCGACAUCCCAUGAAAUGAAAC